UGUGUCUGUCAUCAAGAUUACAUAACAUUGGCUUGUGUUUCUAUAAUAGGCUCUGUAAAUCUGACGAGAAUAAUCGCAAUAGCACCGGAGUGUUUCAUAUGGGGUGAAAGUGGUUUGAGAAACGGACCGUUCUGAAACAUUGGGCCUGACCUGUCAAUCUUGGUGUACCCUGUUCUAAUAUUUCUUUAAGAAGACAUAGGUUUACCCUCUGUGACCUGUUCUGGAAAAGCAAGCGUGCGACUUACUGGCUGGUAAUUCUUAAAUCCUUGAUUUGAAAGGACAGGGAUUUGCUGCCUUAUGCUCCUCACAUCCCAAACUGUAUGGGGCAAAGCUUUGGAAAAUAAUAAGUAAGGGAUAAUGUACAGCCAUCCGGUUAUUAUCGCAAAAUAAACCCUGACAGGGUGAUAUUUUUGCAAUAACCAGCUGACUGUACAUUAUCCUGCUUAUUACACAGCUACUAACCAAUUAAAUAAAUGGACAUAAAAUUCUGACUUGCAUUGAAAUUAGACGUCUACCGAGAGUGGAUUUUGCCGAUACCGAUAACUUAGGUGGUGGAAAAGGCAGAUAACCGAUUAAUCGGCCGAUAUUUUUUAAAAUAGAUUAAUAGAAUGUUACAUUAUUUUCUUAGUUGGCACAGACAUAGAGGCCAGAGUCCAAGAUGAAUAAAAUCCCAGAUGUAGUUUAUUUUUCAACCAAAACCAACGAAUAAUAAUCAGAAAAAAAAAAAAAAGAAGAAGACUGGAUGCAUAACAUGGGCUUUUAUCACUAAACAAGCCUGAAACACACCAGGGACUGUUAUUUUGAAAUGACGUAGACUUGGCUCUGUUACAGUGCUCUAUAUUUAAUAUUUAACAUAUUAAGCUUUUUUAUAGCCUAUAUAUUAUUAUUAUUAUUAUUCACAAUAUGAAGUUAGAGACACAAUGUAUGUGCUGAUGAGGGACUUUCUAUAUAGUCGCAUUUUUCUUUGCAUGCCCUUGCUUCAAUUAAAAAAUACAUAUUUUCAGAGGAACACUGAGGAAUAAAAAAACUAUUGGCACCUAUUAAUCAGUAAAGCUGAUAUAUCGGUCUACCUGUAGUUGAAAUUGUAAUUAUGUGAGAAAGAAAUAGCCGAACAACUGAAUUACACCUCCGGUUUGCAUCAGAGUUCUGCUGGUGUUUAUUCUGUAAAAAAAAAUGACCGUCUAACUGCUCAUUAUCCAGCUUAUUACAUGUCUACUUGCCAAAUAAAUGAAUAAAUGGACAUUAAACAUUGAUUUGAGUUGAAGUAAUUUUGUUUGCUUACUUGUAGAGAUCACAUAGUGAUCCGAGAAGUAGGAAAUAUGACACGUAAUACUCAGAUGAUCAUCUGAUAUGGCUUAGGGUGCUUUCACACUUGGUUCAAUUGCUUGGACCGAACCCAAGUUCGUUUCCUCCCCCUCCGCUGCCCGCGGUCCGAUUAUGCCAUCAAUGCGCGUACAAGCGGCAGCUGUUUACCACUGUAACUAGGUAACAACUCGAGAAGACGUCACUGUGUUAAGUGAAGUAUUAAAGUUUGUCUCCCGCACAUGCAUUGAAUGUGCAAUGAUGUGAUGAAUAUUAGCGUUUGUCUGCCGUGAGCCCGUGGAUGCAUUAGGUGAAGAAUGUGAGCUGCUCUCUGAAGGCAGUGUAUUUGGACACAAGCAGGUAUUAGAAAUGCAUUAUGCCAUAAUAAUUGCGAUCGCGAGCCUGGAAAGAUGCGAAUUAUACGUUAUCACAAGCGGUUCAAUUCUGCGAUUUGGUACAAUUGCGUUUAUAUUAGCAGUGAACCAUACCAGAGUUUAUAUGAACCGUACCCCAGACAACCUUUUCAAGCAGACCCAGGUGCAGUUCCCGAGUUCGGAAAACAGCGCUCACGUUAUCCAAACAAACCGAACUUUGACGUCAUUUGACCCCGGGUGCACACCAAAAGUGCUAGUGUGAAAGCACCCUUAAUCCCCGGAUGUGCGGUUGUUUAUUCAGAAAUAUCAGACCACUAGAUAAUAAGAAUGGAGUAUUCCAGAGACCCGUGUAACAAUGGACAAAAACUAAUGUCAAAUCUAUAAGGGAAAGACUUGGCUUUGAGUUUAUGGAUAAGAAAUUAAGACAUUCUUUAUGCAGAUUGCUGAAAAUUGUAAACUAAGUAGAACUUGGUAAAUAUUGCUGUUGUUCCCAGUUGGACAUGGGCUGAUAUGCCAUAGGAAUCACUAUCUAUUUACCUUCAAUUUAGAAUAAUUAACCUUUUUUUUUUUUCAAACAUUUGUCAUUAGUGCAUGCAGUUCAUGCUCACGAUACCUAGUUUUUUAAAUAGACACAACAUUUAAAAAAUGUUAUAAUUUUUUACCAUCAGCUUGCUGUGAAAUUACAUGAACAGGCUGUAUUGCAGCAGAGUAUAGUUACGUAACAUAGACUGAUUUUCAAAGACUGUCCCAAAGUUUCCUGCUAUUUUAUCUCUAGGCCUCAUCAUAUCUGCCUUGUGUGGUUUGUACCCAAGUGUGCUCCAGGUGUGACUAAGGUGUGCAAAGCACCAUCCCCUUGAGUGGCUACAAAAUACAAUGACAUGAAACAUAAAAACUGGAUGAACCUUCGAGAUGCAGAGACAGGGAAGGUUCUCUGGCAGGGAACUGAAGACCUCUCCCUUCCUGGAGUAGAACAUGAAGCACGGGUUCCUAAGAAGAUCCUGAAAAGUAAAGCUGUCUCCAGAGAGCUGAAUUUCUCUUCAGUAGAAAAACUGGAAAAAUUCCGACUGGAGCAAAAAGUUUACUUUAAAGGCCAGUGCCUAGAAGAGUGGUUCUUUGAGUUUGGCUUUGUGAUUCCAAAUUCUACAAAUACAUGGCAGUCUUUGAUAGAAGCAGCACCAGAGUCACAGAUGAUGCCUGCAAAUGUCUUAACUGGUAAUGUUGUUAUAGAGACUAAGUUUUUUGAUGAUGACCUUCAUGUCAGCACAUCCCGGGUACGACUCUUCUAUGUCUGAGGCAUGGAAUCCUUAAUUGUUUUUUACUGUCACUCCGGAGAAUGCCCCAGUCACUACAGGUUUUACUUGCCACAGGAGACACUCAACAUACUGUGUAUUUCUGAGGCACUGUGACAACAGCAUUAAAAGGAACAUUUCAAUGAAACCUCGAGAAAAUUUCAAGACAAGCGAUCACACCAGUUUUAUUGCAGAUAAAGACUUGUCCAUAAGAACUAUGAUGCUCAUGACAACCUGGUUGUGUAAAUUUCUGUUAUAUAUUUUUCUUUUCUCCUUUUAAUCAUGCAAUGUACACUGCUUCUUUAUCUGCUGUUUUUAAAAGGUUUCUCCCAGUCUGUGAGGUUAAUCAUGGUCUCAUUUUAUUUUAUUUUUUAUUUUUUUUAGCCAUAACUGUAAGAUAGGCUGUGUUUAAAAUACAUGAUGUAUUUACAGAUUAAAAUAUUGGUAUUAAU